CACGACGUCUCUCUCUCUCACGGGCGGCGUUGACGAGCAGCGAGGCGUGGGCAAAGUGGCGAGGCAGAGGAGGAGAGGGAGAGUCAUGUUGGCUUCGCCUGUUUCAGGGAUGAUGCGGUUGUCUGUCCGUUCACACGAGCUCAUCCAGACGCUGACUCUGCUAACGGUGGUGUAUCUGGGCAUCCACGCCGGCUUUGUCAUCGGCUACCACGAAUCGACCUCGGCAACGGUCUCGUCGCUGCUUUCCAUCGCCGGCAUCCUCGCUAUUGCGAUGUGCGCCCUUGUCUACGCGCGCUCUUCCAUCCGCCGCGCAACCGAGCCACGCCUCAAGAUCGUGCUCUUUAUCGGCGUCAUCGGCAUGAUUUACGUCGCACUCUCGCUCUUCUUCCUUGUCCGCACCUGGUUCGCGAGCUGCGACUCCAAGUCCGGCACGACCAAGGAUGCCUCGGACGCCGACGCCAACGAGAGCAACAACAGUAGCCACAGCAGCAGCUCGCAUCAGACCCUCGAGCCCUUUGCCUGUGAUCCCAUGUUCACUUGGUCCUCGGUCACCCUGCUCUCAGUUCUGUUUGUCGCAGGCUGCGUCACCCUCGCCGUCGUCCACCGCCUCCGCGUCGCCCUCGUCACCUACCACGUCGCCUUCUUUGUGGCCCCACCUAGUCUCCUCGACGCGCACGGCCGGCCCAACUCCCCGCCGAACGCGGCCCCGCCUUGCGUCUACGCUUCAGGCUCAGACGACGGAUCGGCCUCGAGCUGCGAGUCGGCCUCGGCCAAGCGCUCGUCGGCCUCGGACGCCGGCGAUGAUCUCUGCGUCAUCUGCUUUGACGCCCCGCGCUCGGCCAUCCUCGUCCCCUGCGGGCAUGCUGGUGUGUGCCCGGCAUGCUCGCAGCGAAUGGCGCUGGUAUCUUCGGCUCGGUGUCCGCUCUGCCGCUCACCCGUCGACGCGGUUGUCGGCAUUGUCGCCGCCACCGCGCCCGCUCCGUCCUCGCGCACCUCAUACGGCACUGUGCCGACGAGGGCAGGAGGCGAGGACGACAGUCGCACGAGCGCGGACGCGCCCACCUCCCGCCGACCGGCUGGCCGUCCGAUCGCCAUCUCGGCCCUGCUCGCCCGACGCUGCACUCUUUGCUCCGCCUCGCACCGGGCUGCGCUCUCGCUGCCGUGCGGCCACGUGACGACGUGCCACGGCUGCGCCGCCACGCAGGAGACCUGCACCCGGUGCGGAGCGCAAGUCGAGCGCACGCUCGGCGUUUAUGAUGUGUGA